CCAAAGGGGCGAUGGCACUCGCUCCUGCUAGGAGAGCGACGCCGGUCCUCAUUCAGCGCGUUCUAUCCUCAGUGCCAUCAUCGCAGGGUUUCUCCGUAUCCAACACGCACAAGCUCAUCUUUUCACCGUCUUUUUCUUUCCAAUCUUCUCUCUUCUCAUGGUUUCUCUCUCCUGCAAUCUCCAAACACCCACAUCACGGUUACUGCCAGUCUCCGUUUCCUAAUCAAUACACCUAUGAAAGCAGUGAUUUUGAGGCCGAUGAGCGUGAUCAGGAUGAGCCCCACAUGGAAUCCGUUCUCAAGAUUCUGUUCGAAGUCAAGGAAUUGCCUACUGAAGAGGGAGCGUUGGGUGCUCUUGGCGCGUCUGGUGUGACACCAACAGAGAAUUUGAUAUUUGGCCUGUUAUUGAGACUAAAGAACGAAUGGCGGUUGGCUCUGUUGGUGUUCCAAUGGGGCGUUUCUAAAUAUGGGCACUCUGGCUUUGGUCCCAAAGUCAGGCAUCUCGUGAUUUGGAUACUGGCCAAACAUAACCGGUUUGAUCUUGCUUGGAGUUUGAUCAGAACUCUGCAUCAGCAUUCGAUGGUCACGUCGCAGACGUUGUUAAUCAUGAUAAAGAGGUACUGUGCAGCAAAUGAUCCUUAUAGAGCCAUUAAGACAUUUCAUGCCAUGGACGUGUUCAAAACAAGCACAAGUCAAUCUGCGUUCCAUACCUUUCUUCGUGCACUCUGUAAUCAUCGAAAUGUUGAAGAGGCAGAAGAGUUGGUUUUUUCAAAUAAAAAGUUUUUCCCACCAGAAACGGAGACUUUUAACAUCCUACUUGAUGGUUGGUGCAAUAUAAUGGUUGAUCUUGUGGAAGCAAAGAGAGUGUGGAGGCAAAUGUUAGAUUGUUGUAUUCUCCCUGAUGCCACAACAUAUAGCCAUAUGAUUUGCUGUUUCUCUAAGCAUGGAAAUCUUUUUGACUCAUUGAGACUGUAUGAUGAAAUGAGAAAAAGAGGGUUGGUUCCAGGUAUUGCUGUCUACAACUCUUUAAUUUAUGUUUUAUCGAAAGAAAAUUGUGUAGAAGAAGCACUGAACAUUCUCGAUAAAAUCGGAGAGGCUAAUCUGCAGCCUGAUGUCACCACUUAUAACUCGUUGAUAUAUCCUUUAUGCGAGUCUCAUAAAAUAAAAAAAGCUUAUUCAAUUCUUGAUGACAUGAUUCACAAGGGAGUCAAGCCAACUACUGAAACAUACCAUGCAUUUAUUCGGGCUGAACAUAUGAGAGGAAAGUUGGAUGUGAUGAAGAGAAUGAGAAGAGAUAGUUGUGGUCCUACCGCUGAAACCUUUCUCCAAAUUUUUGAAAACUUAUCUAAAGCAGGGCAACCUUGGUUUUUGCUGGACAUGUGGGCCAAAAUGAAGAAGUAUGAUAUUAUUGCAGAACCUGUACAUUAUAACAUUGUGCUGCAUGGACUUCUAUCCUGUGGCAGAUAUUUGAAGGCUAGAGAGCUUUAUAAGGAAAUGAAAUCAAAGGGAUUUUUGGUUGAUCCUAAGCUUGACAUUAUGUUGAAGAAACAGGAAGCAGUGAUAAGUAAUAAGAAUCAGGAAAAGCACAAGGCACAGGUCUCUGGAUUAGGAGGGCACGUGAAAGAUCCUUCGGGCUAUAAAAGGAGAAGGUACAAUAAGAAGCAAGCUUUGCGCCGGUUGAACUUGAAGAAAGUCAAACAUCAACAGAAAGCUUGAGAAGCAAUAGCCUAACACCAGCAGGCACCUGAAAGAAUCAAAGGGAACCUAUGCUGGCCCAGGUGUUGUUGAAGUUUGAACGGCUGGAAAGGGCAGUUUAUCCUUUUUUGUAAGAAUUGGCUGCUUGAGCAGGAUACAUGACUGUCAUCUGGAGCCUCAGUGAAAUCAUUCCCAUCGUCUAUGGGACAAACGAGCAACAGAUAAUUUCCCUGAACAAAUGGAUGGAACUGAGAUUGGUCGUAUGGUGUUUUAUACAACACAUACCCGGAUAUCAUAUAUACACUAUUUUAGGCUUCUCAAUGUACUGAUGAUAGUACAUCAAGCAGGAACCCUCCCAUCCUGGUAGCGUUUUACAUCGACAAGCUACUGCACUGGCUGACGUGAUCACGCAAUUUGACCAUAUCAACUUACAUGUUGAGAUCGACAUGUCUACUUUUCCGUCAGCUGCUUCUGCUAACAUUUGAUCCUGGUGAAAAAAAACAGAGAUGCGGGAAUGAGAGGAUCCAGAAAGGUUGCUCUGCAGACAGGGUGGACUCAAGAUUGUGCAAUCCCUGGAUGGGUCCCCAUGGUCUUUCAUUGCGUUUCUACUUAAGGACUGUAGGAGCAUCAGUCAUCCUACAAUGUGUAGCUAAACCUACCAAAUUUGAAUACAGAUGCAGCUGUAGAUUAGGAAAUUAUUCAUGAGCACUAUAGUAAUUUGUCCUUUUCCUCCGGUUCCAAUGAAAUUUUAUCUAUUGUUGCGGGAUAAUCAGCUUAAAGUGCUCAACUACUUAACUUUUUCUUGA